AUGAGCCACACAGGUGGAUCUUCUGUAUCAAAUGUCAACCCAAUGUCGAGAAAACCUUCGGGAAACCAGAAAAAGCCGUUCCCAAAGCGUCCCACUCCCAGCUCCAGCGUUUUAUCCACAUGUGCGCUCGUUCCCUCCAGAGUUCCCUGUGGGGGCCCCGUGGAGGUGUUUCUACUUUUAAAAUAUGAAAACGCAGCUCAUGUCACUGAAGUGGAAUUCUCCAAAGAUAAGACGACAGUGAAGGUCAAACCGAGCCGAUGGAGUGACGGCGUUGUGAGCGUUAACGCCCCAGAUUUCCCAGCAGGCAUCGUGAAAGUGACUGUGUUAAGCGGCGGAGUUACACUGAGCGUCAUGGAGUUGGUGUACUACAGCCGGCUGGAGGAGGUGAAGCGUCUGCUGUCGGAGGAGGCUGAUCCCGUCCAGUUCAUGUGUCAGGCUCUUCACGUUCCCUCCGUGGAGACGCUGGAUCAGACGCUUUCCUCCAUGAUGCUGAGGAACGUGCCGAGGCGAGGAUUCCCGGAGCUGCACGGAGAACGCACGGCUGAAAGAGAGCGUCCUGACUCUGAAGUUCCCACGAUGCUUCACUUCGCGGCGCAGUACGGUCUGAGGAGAGUACUGAGCGUCCUGCUCCAGUGUCCCGGCGCAGACGCGGCGCUCCGGACGACCAAUCGCCACGGAGACACGCCCACUGAGGUCGCAAAGCAUCAUGGGCACGCCCAGCUCCACCUGCUACUGAAGGACGCCCUGUCGAUCGACCCGGGGCCCAGUGUCGGCUCCAGUGUGUAUAAAAUGGCGGGCGCAGCAGGGAGCGCCUCCACUGCCAAUAGUCAGAAAGAGCAGCGGGCGAACGACGUAGAAGAGGAGGAGGAAGAGGAGGAUACGUACGCCGUGUUUGAGGCCGGCGACGACGUGUACGACGCCAUCGAGAAACCCAAACUGUCUGUGGCGAUCGCUAACCGGCCCCCCGCUCCUACGCCACGCCCCCAAACGACUGAGAACGAAGACAGGGUCAGCUACGUCACAAAAGCGCUCCUGCAGAAGAGGAACCAAGGCAAAACCGGGCUGUUCCCUGUUCUCACAAAACAAAGUCGCCAGGACGUCCCAUCUCCCAUCUACGAUACCUUUGUGGCCACUCCCGCUCCAGGGCCCCAUCAUCAGCGGACCCGGGCCGGUUCGCUCCCCGCCGAGAACGCCAAGGAUCGCUUCAACAACGGGCCGCCGGUUCAGAAGGGCGCCAUCCAACAGGAGAAGCUGAGAGAGCUGAGAGCCGCUGUCAUCAGAAGAGGAGGAGACGACGGUGUCUAUGAUAAAAUCAACAUCGUUCAUCACACGCCAAGUGCCGUGGCGAAAGAAAGCAAGAGGAGCAGCCAAUCGGAGAAGGCGGAUUUUUACAACAAGUCCCUUAAAGAACAUCAUGAUAAUAUACCAUCUGCUCCACACACUCAUUUCUUCUGGAAAGUUGACAAACGCUGAAGGAGAGGCCUCUUUUCAGACGCUGUAAAAACACGGAU